AUGAAGAUCUUCUUGCUCACCAGUCUUUGGGUAGCUGCCAUGGCCGCCUCGACCGCAGGAAACCCUCAUGAACUGGGCCCAGUGCCUCACUUGAAGAUAGGCAACGUCACCACUCAGGACGGCGUCGAACUACAGUAUAUCCAGGCAGGCCCGCCUUCUGGCCAACAGCUGCUCUUUAUCCCUGGGUGGAGGCAGACUGCUGCACAAUGGAACAAACAGAUUGAAUACUUCUCUUCAGCUGGCUAUCGCGUAACAACCUACGAUAUGCGCGGCCACGGCGACUCUGCCAAGCCAGGCUUUGGAUAUCGUCUCAGUCGCUUUGGCGCAGAUCUCAACGAUGUUAUCAACUCUCUGAGCCUCUGCGGCGUCAGUGUCGUCGCGCACUCUAUGGGCUCGUCCGUUACUUGGGCCUUCUGGGACCAUGUUGGUGCAGGAUCCUACUUGGACGUAGGCGCAAAGGAAUACCUGGUCAGCAGCCUUAUUCUCGCCUGCGCAAGUAGCAUGUUUACAUCCUCCAUUUCCCAGUCCGAUUUGGACUGGAUGAUCAAGCAGAAUAGGAAGAUGAGCGACGCGCAUGCCGCCACCCUCUUGAUCAACCACGCCUUUAUGGAUUGGCGAGACGUCCUACCGAGGAUUGAUAUUCCUGCGUUGGUUCUUGCAGGUGACGCAAGUCUCAACAACGCGACAGGCAUCACGUGGGCUGCGUCGCAGAUCCCGGGGGCUCAGAAGUAUAUCUUUACCAAGGGCGAAAAGGGAAGUCAUUUUGCGUUCUGGGAGAAUCCAGAACUGUUUAAUCAGGUCGUGGAGAGGUUUGUAACGUCCUGA